CCUGUUGUCUGUAGAGGCCGAUGCCUUGCUUAAACACCCGGCUCGGUAAUAUACCAAACCCAAGACCACCUCCCCUGUGUAACCUCAGAUUCCCGGGCCAGGCAGGCCGGCCGCGCGGGGUCGUUAAAACCCCGGCGCUCCCAUGCAACCACCGGUCAAGCUAACCCUCCAACUGCUGCUCCUCUCACCCGCCUCCUCGCGCCUCCGCUCGCGAGCCGCGACUCCAUUGUGUCUUCUUCUUUGCCGGCGGCGGAGAGCUAGACAGCGAGCGAGGUUGCCGCAGGCGGCGGCGGCGGCUAGCCAUGGCGCACGGGAUCAUCGGGAGCCACCACCACUCCAUCAUGGCCUCGCGGGUGGCCAUGCUCGCGCACGUGCUGUUCCUGGCCACCGCCGUGCUCAUGCUCGUCUGGCUGCUGCACUACCGGGGCGGCAUCAACAUACAGUCCGAGGACCCCGAGCAGAUCUUCAAUGUUCAUCCGUUUGUGAUGUCCUGGGGGUUCAUUCUUCUUAUUGGAGAAGCCAUCCUGGCGUACUCGACGAUCCCGAUGGACCACCGGACGCAGAAGAUGGCGCACAUGAUGAUCCACCUGGUGGGCCUCAUCCUGGGCAUCUUCGGCGUGUACGCGGCGUUCAAGUUCCACGACGCGGCCGUGGUGCCGGACCUGAUGAGCCUCCACUCGUGGCUGGGCAUCACCGCCAUCGCGCUCUUCGGCCUGCAGUGGCUCUUCGGCUUCGUCACCUUCUGGCUGCCCGCGGCGCACGAGCACACCCGCGCCGCGGCGGCCCCCGCGCACGUCAUGGCCGGGCUGGCCAUCUUCAUGCUGGCCGUGUGCGCGGCUCAGACGGGGCUCGUGGAGAAGAGCGCCGGCGCCGCAUCCGCCGCCGAGAUGAAGCUCAUCAACGUCACGGGCAUCUUCAUCCUCCUCUACGGGGUCGCCGUCGCAUCCGCCGUCGCGCUGCGCAAGGCGUUCUUGUAGGCGUUUGUUUGGCCGGCCGGUCGGUCUGGAUCGGCGUUCACCAUUGAUGUGACACGGUUGGUGUUCCCUUGCGGAGUUGGUUUGGGCGGUUUGCGUGGUGGUUGCGUCUGCAUAGCACCGUGUGUCCGUGUGAGUGAGUUUUUCUGCGACAUUUGUGUUCGAUCGAUGCCUGCCUUCUUCAUCGGGAGCUUAAAAAAAAAAGAUGCACUUGGAUUUGUCAUUCGUAAUUCUU